AUGGAGCAUCUAACGGAGGACAACUGGAAGGAGAUUGCGGGGAAGAAGAUGAAAUUCCCACCCAGUCUGAUUGGAGCCAUCUAUGAUGGGAACUUGGCCAAACUCUACAAGUUACUGCAGACGAGUGACGGGCUCCUGAGGCAGCUCGAUGACUCGGAAGACCGAUCCUGGAGAGAGGCUCUCAAUCUGGCCAUCCGCAUGGGCAACGAGGAAAUUAUCGUCAACCUCCUGCGACUGGUCAAGUUCGACUUCCGGCAAAUCCAUGAGGCCCUGCUGGUGGCUGUGGACAUGAACCUCAUCAACGUGGUCAAACUCCUGCUGGAGCGGCUGGACCAGCAGAAAGGAGUCAGUCACAACAAGGUGGACAUCAUGUCCUUCUCCCUGGCCAUGUUCGACCACUCCAUCGACAGCUCACGGUUUGCGCCAGGGGUCACACCGUUGACCCUGGCUUGCCAGAAGAACCUUUUUGAGAUUGUGGAUCUGUUGAUGAAGAAGGGCCACAUCAUUCCUAACCCCCACAAGAUCUCCUGCUCCUGCCCAGAGUGUCUCAACGCCCGGCAGUAUGAUAUGCUCAAGUUCUCGCUGUCUCGCAUUAACACCUACAAGGGGCUGGCCAGCAGACCAUACCUGUCCAUUGCCAGUGAAGACGCCAUGUUGAGUGCCUUCAAGCUGAGCAGGGAACUCAAGCAGCUAUCUAAGAAGGAGCCUGAGUUUAAGCCGGAAUACCUGAGCCUGGAGGAACUCUGUGAGGACAUGGCUGUGGAAUUGCUCGGAAUGUGCCGGAAUCAGAGUGAAGUGAAUGCUGUGCUCAAUGACUGUGGGGAGGAGACCGUAGAAGAUGGAGAUAACCAGGCCUUCGAAGAAGGGAUUCCCAACCUGGGCAGGCUGCGCCUCGCUGUCAACUAUAACCAGAAGAGAUUUGUGGCACACCCGAUUUGUCAGCAGGUGCUCACCUCGAUCUGGUGUGGGAAGCUGACCUGGUGGAGAGGCAGCAAGACCAUCUCAUUAGUGUUUGUCUCAUUUGGAAUGUUCCUCACCAUGCCCCUGCUAUGUAUGUUCUACUGGAUUGCCCCAAAAUCUAAGCUCGGACAGAUUGUGCGUACUCCUGUUAUCAAGUUCCUCCUUCACUCAUCGUCCUACAUCUGGUUCCUGGUCCUGCUCCUGGUGGAGUCAAUCAUCGCUCAGCAAUUCCGGGAUGUGUCGUCGUCCAGGAACCAGCCAAUCUACGUGAACUCCCUCCACAUGGUUUGGGUGGUGGGGUUUUUUUGGUACGAGUGUAAGGAGGUGUGGAUUGAGGGCUUACGCAGCUACCUGCUGGACUGGUGGAACUUCCUGGAUAUCGUUAUUCUCAGCAUGUACCUGGCAUCGUUUGCCCUCCGCAUUGUCGUUUACCUCAGCGGGCAGCUCUACUGUUUGGCGGAUAGUGCAUCUUACUACUGUUUCUACUUUACAGACGCUGACCGCCAUGAAUGGAGACAGGAGGACCCCCAGAUGAUCGCUGAGGUACUGUUUGCAAUCACCAGUAUGCUGAGCUUAGCCAGACUGACAUCCAUCCUACCAGCUCACGAGACCCUGGGAACACUCCAGAUUUCCAUCGGCAGAAUGAUUGACGACAUGAUGAGGUUUAUGUUUUUACUGAUGAUCAUCCUGACUGCCUUCCUCUGUGGAAUCAAUAACAUCUACGUCCAUUACAUCGAUCUGGAACGACUUGGAAAUUUUAAUGGGACACUGCAGUUCCUCUUCUGGACCAUGUUCGGGAUGGAGGAGCCGUCUUCAGUUGAUCUUACGGAGUUUGUGGUGGCGGAGUUUGUUGGACGGAUUCUGUAUGGGAUUUUCACCAUCAUCAUGGUCAUAGUGCUGCUCAACAUGUUAGUCGCUAUGAUCACAAACUCCUUUCAGAAGAUCGAGGACGAUGCGGAUGUCGAGUGGAAGUUUGCCAGAUCCAAGCUGUACCUCUGUUAUUUCCGGGAAGGUCUCACUCUUCCCGUUCCAUUCAACAUCAUCCCAACUCCCAAAUCCUUCUUCUACAUGAUCAGGUGGUUUUUCCGGAAACUGUGCUGCGUCAGCUCAAAGAAAAAUGAUUACCCUCCGCUACCGACAUCGAUUGCUAACUCAGCGGUGAGUGGUGACGGCUGUCAGUCUGGGAGUCGAGCCUCCUAUCGGUUACAGGUGAUUCAGACCCUGGUCCAUCGAUACAUCGAAACAUCGCGACAGGAAUUUGCAGAGAAACAGCGGAAGGACCUGGGGAACCGGAUCACUGAUUUGGGGAAGUUUGUGGGCCGCUUGCAGUCCGAGAUUAAACGUCUGCGAUACAGCAUGGGGGCGGCCGGAACGACCGCCACCAAAUCCGGUGAUGCCUCGGCCGUGCUGGGCAAAUACAUCCUGGGCGCCCGGAACCGAUUCCAGGAAACCGACCAGGAUGACGAAUCCCGCUCCCCGAGGGCAUCCUUUAAAGUGACAGUCCACCAGGACUCAGAGGAUGGAGCCAACAGCAAACCAGCCAAAGUGGAGGAUGAAGCUGACCAAUGCCCUCCUUACCCCAGUGAGGCAGCGGGAGAUGGCUCUGCCACAGAGACCACAGGCAACAGCGAAGGAGAUUCUGAGGCGGCAGCUCAGGAGAAAGAGUGAGACAUCCUCACUUUUUACAAAAAGACUUGGGAUCAGGAAGUCCAUGCUCCUGCUGGAGUGGUCAGACUUUUCGCAUGCAGCCUGCCCCAGCGCAGUCUCACUGUCCCACCGCUCAACUCAUCGCUAUUCUCUCUGUAACAAACAAAGCAAACUGUCUCCAAUGCUCGCUCGCUUGCUCACUCACUCGGUUUUUUUAUUAACAGAGUACUGUGGAUACCGGAUAUGUUUAUAUUGGAAAUCUAAAACAAAAACAGAUCAUUCUGAAGAAACUCAGUAGGUCUGGCAGAAUCCAGAGAGAGACGGCAAGCUGAGUUCACAUCUCACAUUGGCCCAGGAAUAAUUACUGAUGUAAUCAUUUCAGAACAACAUACCUGGGAUAAGAGGGAUUCAAGAUCAGUGAAAGUUGGUGAAAGGCCGGGCGUGUUAGUGAACAGAAGAGUUAUUCUUAAUCAUUACACCUUCAUCAUUCCAUCCCUCGAACAACACCUCACCCCUCCCCCACCCCACCGUCAUUUGUCCUUUUGUCAUUAAUCCAAACCUAUUCCAUGUCCAACUUUCUGAAGGACAUUCAUUGACUCGAAAUGUUAACUCUGUGUCUCUCUUCACCAUCACUGCCAGACCUGCUGAGUUUCUCCAGCCUGCUUCCUGGUGUAGUCUCUAUUUUUUACAGUUAGUUUACUUUCACUAUUGACUCAUUAGAAAGGAUUGAUGUCAGGUUGUAAUAUGUUUGAAUAUCUUUGUUCUUGUGACUGAGGCCUGGCCAUUUCAAUUUGGGACAAAUAUUAGAAAAAUGUGGUUACAAAACCGAAAUCUGAGGGUGGAGUUCCAUUGAUGUCACUGUCGACAGCUACCAGGGUCAGAUGGACACAGAAGGUGGAUGAAGGAGCCGCUGAGGAGUCACUGAGAAAGGACAUUGUGAUUGGGCUAGUACAGGAAACGGACGGUAUAGGUUACACCACUCUUCACAAUUUGUGACCCAGAUUGCUAAGAUCAAAGCAUUCCUCUCCAGGGUGGAUUCAAAACGAUAGGAGUUGUGUCAAAUUUAAACCCACUUGCUAUUGUAUUGAUGUGGCCUCUAUAUUAUCCCUGGGGUCGGGGAGUCCAGAGCUAGAGGGGUAUAGGUUUAGGGUGAGAGGGGAAAGAUAUAAAAGAGACCUAAGGGGCAACAUUUCCACGCAGAGGGUGGUACGUGUAUGGAAUGAGCUACCAGAGGAUGUGGUGGAAGCUGGUACAAUUGCAAUAUAAGAGGCAUUUGGAUGGGUAUAUGAAUAGGAAGGGUUUGGAGGGAUAUGGGCCGGGUGCUGGCAGGUGGGACUAGAUUGGGUUGGGAUAUCUGGUCGGCAUGGACGGGUUGGAUAUUGGAAAUCUGAAACAAAAACAGAUCAUUCUGAAGAAACUCAGUAGGUCUGGCAGAAUCCAGGGAGAGACGGCAAGCUGAGUUCACAUCUCACAUUGACUCAGGAAUAAUUACUGAUGUAAUCAUUUCAGAACAACAUACCUGGGAGAAGAGGGAUUCAAGAUCAGUGAAAGUUGGUGAAAGGCCGGCGUGUUAGUGAACAGAAGAGUUAUUCUUAAUCAUGACACCUUCAUCAUUCCAUCCCUCGAACAACACCUCACCCCUCCCCCCACCCCAACGUCAUUUGUCCUUUUGUCUUUGAUCCAGGGUCUGUUUCUGUCCUGUACAUCUCUAUGACUCUGUGACUCUAUCGAGAGGUAAGAGAUGUUUUGUGAUCAGUCUUCAGUGAUGAUUUUAUACAGCUCCUAGCACAACAUGAGGUUUUCCCAAUCAACAAACCGCCUGUCCUCUUUCCCCUGGAAGUGAGGAGUCUAAGGGCCACCCAAUAGAUCUUUAAAACGAUGAAAGGGUUUGAUCAGGUCAAUGUGGAGAAAUGUUUCUGCUUGUGAGAGACCAGUACCAGGGCUCCUCAAUGUAAGACUAUCACAAAGAAAUCCAAUCAAAAUUUAGGAGCAAAUUCCCCACCCAGAGAGUGGACCGAAUGUGGGGUUAUUCCCAUAGGGAAGCUCUCGGAAUGAUUUACAGGAAAGUUGUACAGACACAUGAUGGAGAAAGGAUUUGGAGAUGGGGGGGGAGGAGGAGGAGGCUGGUGUGGAGCAGAAUCACCAGCAGAGAGGAGAUGGGUUGAAUGGCCUGUUUCUGUCCAGUUGACUUAAUGUGCAGGGUGUUGGGUUAAACAAUGAGAAAGAUACCAGCCCUUGAUUUCUGGGACCUGUUAUUCCAGUCGGGGCCAGGAGGAGGCAAUGGGUAUCUCAUCUGUAGUUCAUCAAAAUGGGUUUGAGACAUUGUCAACUCGGGUCCAAAUCCUCUCUCAUCUGGAAUUAAAUUUACAAAUGCUCAGUAAACAAGGUAGUGUAGAGGGAGCUCUAAUCUACAUCAAACUCUGCACCAUCCCUGUCCUGGGAGUGUUUGAUGGGGGACAGUGUAAAGGGAACUUUACUCUGUCUGUAACCCUGUGCUGUCCCUGCCCUGGGAGUGUUUGAUGGGGAGACGGUGUAGAGGGAGCUUUACUCUGUAUCUAACCCUGUGCUGUCCCUGUCCCUGGGAGUGUUUGAUGAGGACAGUGUAGAGGAAGCUUUACUCUGUAAAUAACCCCGUGCUGUCCCUGUCCCUGGGAGUGUUUGAUGGGGAGACAGUGUAGAGUGAGCUUUACUCUGUCUGUAACCCCAUGCUGUCCCUGGGAGUGUUUGAUGAGGACAGUGUAGAGGGAGCUUUACUUUGUAUCUAACCCCGUGCUGUCCCUGGGAGUAUUUGAUGGGGGACAGUGUAGAGUGAGCUUUACUCUGUCUGUAACCCCGUGCUGUCCCUGUCCUGGGAGUGUUUGAUGAGGACAGUGUAGAGGGAGCUUUACUCUGUCUGUAACCCCAUGCUGUCCCUGUCCCUGGGAGUGUUUGAUGAGGAUAGUGUAGAGUGAGCUUUACUCUGUACCUAACCCCGUGCUGUCCCAAUCCUGGGAGUGUUUGAUGGGGAGACAGUGUAGAGUGAGCUUUACUCUGUAACCCCGUGCUGUCCCUGUCCCUGGGAGUGUUUGAUGAGGACAGUGUAGAGGAAGCUUUACUCUGACUGGGAUCUCCGAGUGCAGUGCUCACGGAGGGUGGGUCAGCGUUGGGAGCCUCAGUCACUCGGAGUGAGCAGGGCCACUGAACAACAUAAACCCAGAGAAGCCGAGAUACCAGGAGGAGGGGCGUUUGCAGUAUUAAACCGUGAACACAGCAACAACUAAUGCCUGAACUGAGAUGGGUAGAAGCCGAUUGUAACCAUGCUGCAAUAAAAGAGCCAGCCUCUCUGUAA